CAAUGUGCUGAUGGUUCAUGCAUAGCUGGGUAUCUCAAAUGUGAUGGGAGCAGUCAGUGUCCGGACAGGUCUGACGAAGAGGACUGCACAGUCGCUGAACAAGGCGGUUGUGUCUCCUUGCUCUGUGACGAACCUGCCGUCUGCAUUCCAAAGAACUGGGUCUGUGACAACAUCACUGACUGCUCGGAUGGACUGGACGAGAAGCACUGUGGGUCGUACGGUGGGGACGAUCAUUUUUUGUUUCUAAUACGAUAA